GUCUCUGAAAUCCUCCAUUUUAGUCAUGAAGACAAUCCCAAUCCAACCUUUUCCCUUCCCUCUCCUUUUAUUCAUCUCCCUCUCCUUUUUGGAAGCCGGAGCACAGAGCGAAGCACAAGCUCUUCUCAAAUGGAAGUCUAGCUUGUCUCAGCCAGAUGCUCUGAGCUCAUGGUCCCUUGCCAACUCUACCACCCCAUGCGGAUGGUUUGGUGUCCGCUGCAACUCAGUAGGCAGCAUCGUGCAGCUGAGCUUACCCAAUGCCAACCUCAACGGCACCCUCGAUGAAUUAGACUUUGCUUCUCUGCCCAGCCUCACCAAGCUCAACCUCAAUAGCAACCUCCUCUGUGGCCCCAUUCCUUCAAACGUCUCUGCUCUCUCCAAGCUCACGUCAUUAGACCUCAGCUUCAAUGACUUUGGAUAUUCCAUUCCCCCGGAAAUUGGAUCGGCUACAAAGAUCCAAAUCCUGUUCCUCUCCUCCAACAACCUAUCAGGUCCAAUCCCUCCAGAGAUUGGGAGGCUGGCCGACUUGAAGCAAUUGGAUCUAUCACUAAAUUCACUUAGUGGUCCAAUCCCUCCAGAGAUUGGAAGAUUGGCCGACUUGCAACAAUUGGAUCUAUCAGAAAAUAUUCUCACCGGUCCAAUCCCCUGGACAAUAGGAAACCUCACACAGCUGACUUCCCUGGCCCUCCACACCAACAACUUGAAUGGCACAAUCCCAACAGAGAUCGGAAACAUAACGGCACUGGCUAGACUUGACCUCAGCUACAACCAAUUGGAGGGUGAGCUGCCAGCUUGCUUGCAUGGCUGCUCGGAACUAGUCCGACUUGAGUUGGAGUGGAACCACUUUAGUGGAGAUAUAUCAAAAUCUUUCAGCAUUCAUCCUGCACUAACCUACUUGGAUCUCACCGGCAAUCAGUUGAUGGGCCCGUUGUCUCCAGACUGGGGGGAAUGCAAGAAUCUCACUUACUUGCACGUGGAUGGCAACAACAUCACUGGUGACAUUCCAGCAGCAUUCGGGAACAUGACCAACUUGCAAGACCUGAGCUUAGCUUCCAACUUUUUGUCUGGAACAAUUCCACCUCAACUGGGGUAUUUGAGUCUCUUAUACAAGCUCAAUUUGAGUAGUAAUCAGUUAUCAGGGUCGAUUCCUUCAGAGUUAGGUGAUGCUGCCCAGCUUACUUCUCUUGAUCUCUCAGCAAACAAACUCAAAGGUCCAAUACCAACCGAGCUUGGUAAGUUGAGAAGUCUUGGAGUGUUGGAUUUAAGCAGAAAUGACCUCUCUGGACCAAUUCCUCAUAUAAUAAUGGGACUUGCAUCACUUAUUUCCUUGAAUUUGGCAAACAACAAUUUUUCUGGGUUGAUUUCGAGAUCAAUAGGUUCCUUGUCUUUGCUCCAAUCACUGCACUUGAACAAUAACAGUUUGAUUGGAGAAAUACCUUCUUCAUUGAAGAACUGCACGCGGUUGGUCGUUUUAGACCUCGGGGAGAACAAAAUUCAUGGAAAUAUUCCAAGUUGGAUAGGAGAGAGGCUUUCAUCAUUGACGAUCCUCCGUCUAAGUUCGAAUAUGUUAAAUGGUAGCAUUCCUCCCCAACUGUCACGUCUAUCUUCGCUUCAGCUCUUGGACCUUGCACACAAUAAUAUCUCAGGAAGUAUCCCACAGGGUUUGGGCAAUCUUAUUGCGAUGGUGGAUGGCGCUCAAGAAAAUUGGAAAAAAAUGGGCUACAUUUCCUACAAUGCCUUAAAACGCGAUAGCGUACCUUGUUCUCGUCGUGGAGCCAGUUAUUACAACUGUAGAGCUUCUGGCCAGGAUGACUCAUUUUACUACAGUGAGAGCGUUUCCGUAAUCUGGAAAGGAAGAGAGGCUGUUUUUCAACAGACGCUUUCACUAAUGGUGGGAAUCGACCUUUCAGGCAAUUAUCUCUCUCAUGAGAUCCCUACAGAGCUAACAAAUCUUUCUGGGCUAGUUUUUUUAAAUCUCUCCAGGAAUCUUUUGGAUGGAAGCAUUCCAAAGUUGAUCGGUAACUUGAAAAAUCUUGAAGUUCUUGACUUGUCCAGGAAUCACUUAUCAGGUACAAUUCCUCAAAGCAUCUCUUCUCUAACAUUCUUGGAUUUCUUGAACCUAUCAAACAACCACUUGUCGGGACGGAUACCAUCUGGCAAUCAACUACAAACACUUGAUGAUCCAUCAAUCUAUAGCGGCAAUGAUGAACUUUGUGGAUUUCCACUAAUCAAAAAUUGUUCGAAUGACCAAGCAUUUGAUGUUCAAUUGUCAACACCAAAUGAUGGUGAUGAAAAAUUAUGGUUGUAUCUUAGCAUGGGACCAGGAUUUGUGGUGGGAUUUUGGGGGUUCUUUGGUAUUUUAUUCUUUAAGAGAUCCUUGAGGCUUGCCUAUUUCCAACACAUUGAUGAUAUAUAUGAUUGGUUCUCUAGGAUAUUAGUGAGGAGCAUGUAAGGACUGCAGACUCUCUCUUCUUCCUUUUCUUUUUAAUUUUCAUUUUUAUUUUAUGUAACGUAAAGAUGGAAGAUUUGUUCCACGUAGAUUGGCAUGUUCAUUUCCCAUGAGAAAUUUGGCA